AUGUAUUACAGACGUAUUGACACGUUUAGACUUACCUAUCGUGUUUUUUCUUUUGCUUCAAGACAACCUAACAAACAAAAACAAAUGGAUUUUAGUGGUAAAAUAUUUCUUCCACCUUCAACUCUAGCCUCAAUGGCUUCAUUAAAUCUUGUUUACCCCCUAACCUUCAGACUUAAUAAACAUCGUAACAAUAGCGUUAUAACUCAUUGUGGGGUAUUAGAAUUUACUGCAAAUGAAGGGGAGUGUAUUGCACCUCAAUGGUUAAUGAAAAGAUUAAGUCUUGUUGAUGGUGAUUAUAUUGACAUUCAAACAGUUAAUCUUCCAAAAGCAAAGUUCAUUAGAUUAAAACCUCUUGUUUUUGACUUCUUUAAAAUUCCAAACUAUCGUGUUGUUAUGGAAAAAGAAUUAAGAAAUUAUUCUACUCUCACAAUAGGUGAUAUCAUUGGCAUCUCUUUCAACAACAAAGAAUAUCAAUUAGAAGUUGCUGAAUGUAAACCAGAGGGGAAAGCUGUAUCAAUUGUUGAGACUGAUGUUUUAGUUGACUUUGAUGGCAACGACUUAGCAGAAAAUGCCUCAACUCAACAAGACAAUAGUUCUGAUGAAGAUGAAGACAUUGGUUUUUGUUUUGGUGGAACAACUGAAGAAAUAAAAAAAGAGGAGUCAUCUGAUGAUUCUGAAGAAUUUAAGCCUUUCAGUGGUGUCGGGCAUUCUUUGUCAGAAUCAGCGGAAUUAAAUCAGAAAAAAUGGCUGGAUGAUGGCUGGUAA